ACGCACGUCGUUGGCGGUGGAGAUGGGCGAAAAGAUGCUGUGGAUGCAUCAUGUGGGCGGGCUGUCUAUUCGCGGUACUGGGUCGACGAGUAGAGACCCUUCGUCGGCAUGUUCGAGAGGGCGUUUGCUACACUUCUUCCUCCUCACCUGCUGUCUUCUGUCCCUUGCCUGGCGCAAAUAAUACUGUAGUUCUACUGUACCGCACAAAGCCGCCGUCGCUGCAGCUAGGACGAGUUGCAGUCUGUCUCCCUCUGCGAUCGUCAUCGGCGCACCCACCCACAGUCGCUUCAUCGAUCCGCUGCGUCACUUGCGCUGCGAGCCUCCACCACCAAACGACGCUUGCCCCUCCAGCUGAGGAGUGCGGCGUGGUCGAAACUCCGCUUGCUGAGAUACGAGACACCCGGCGCAUCGUGCCAUCUGCCGGCCGUCCUGGACAAAGAGCUGCCUGUCGCCUCAUCCCAUCAUUGAUUGUUUGUCCGACACACGUCUGUGACAGCAACAUCCUCGGAGCCGUUAUUAAGGUUCACUCCAGAGGGGAAACAAAGUCACACCACGAAAAUUGCACGCUCACCACACGAGAGCACACGCGCCUGUCAUACCAGCCCGACCAGCUGUCUCACGCGGAAUCGACGACGUCGCCCUCUCGUUGCUCCGCCCCGCCGCCGCCCCGUGCGACUCGACGGGACGCGCUUGCCCGUCUGACUGCCCAACGCGAUCGACCGCCCCGAGCAGCGAGCAGGCUGGGAGCGUGCUGAGCCACUUCCCGAUCCAGAUCCCAGCAGCGGGAUAUUGCAAAGGCCUCUGCUCCCACGCGCCCUCCGCCCACCGCGCCCACGUCCGCCGCCGACUCCUCGCGCGCCCGCAGAUCGCUUUGAGCGAAGCUUUGCCGGCGCGGCGACAUCCGUGAAGCAUCAUGAAGUUCCGGAGAUCGAUCAAGAGCGACAAGCACGACUCGGCCAGUGCCCGAGCGGCCGCCAAUAUAUCCAUACCGCAAAAGGACGCCAUUGCGAUUGAGCCGCCCAAGAAGGUCAUCAAGGCCAUCUACGACUACAAUGCCCCGCCUGACACUCACAUGUACCUGUCCUUCAGCGCCGGCGAUUUUCUGCAUGUUGUAGGCCGCGAACACGACUCCGACUGGUACGAAGCCUGCAACCCCCUGCGGAACGAGCGCGGGCUAGUGCCCGUCAAGUAUUUCGAAAACGUGGGAAAGACGGUCAGAGACUCGGGUGACUCCUCCAAAUCCCUCACAAGCGCGACCCACGACAGCGGCUACGCCGAGGGUGCAUCACCGCCGAGCAUCACCUCUGCACCUCGCAUGCCCAUGCCCAUGCAGACCAAUGGGGCAUCUGCACAAGGCCAUCGGCCGUCAAAGUCGUUUGGCAAGUCGCCGGCAGGGAUCUAUGGGAUCGUGGCGUAUGACUUCCAUGCGGAAAGGCCAGAUGAGCUGGAUGCAAAAGAGGGAGAGGCUAUCAUCGUCAUUGCACAGUCGAACCCGGAAUGGUUCGUGGCGAAGCCCAUAACACGGCUUGGUGGGCCUGGACUGAUACCGGUGUCGUUCAUUGAGAUUCGAGACAUGGUCACAGGGAAGGCAGCAGAAGAUCCGCUGGCGGCGGUCAAGGCGGCUGGCAUACCUCGAGUGGAAGAGUGGAAAAAGAUGGCGGCCGAGUACAAAAAUACAAGUAUACCGCUGGGCACCGUCUCACAGUCGACUGUGGCUUCAAUGGAUAAUGCCAUGAGCAGGUUGAGUGUGCAGCAAAAUGGGACGCAGCAAGCCAAUGGCUCCAUGCACUCCAGACAAGCCAGCUUCUCAACACAACAACAACAGAACAUGUUCGCACCCGUCCGAGCAUCCGUGCCUCGUUAUACAUAUUCGGACGACAAGUUUCACUUCAUUGUGGAAUGCAAACUAUCAAACAACUCGCAUUGGGACCUGUCGAGGAUAUACGAGGACUUUUACGAAUUACAGAUCAACAUGAUUAAUGCUUUCCCGGAAGAAGCAGGACAAGUACCUGGCAAGCCGAGAAUACUACCAUAUAUGCCAGGACCGGUCAAGUAUGUGACGGACAACAUUACGGAGGGACGAAGAGCGAACUUGGACGAAUAUUUACGAGAUCUGUUGCGACUUCCGCAGCACAUUAUCUAUUCUUCGCUCGUCAGGGCAUUUUUCGCACCUCGAGAGGGCGAUUAUGAAGUCGACCCUUCAGCGGUGACUCUAGACGAACAUGCACGACCGAACGAAGGAACGCAACGACACUCCCAAGCCAGCCAGAGCAGCGCACAAUCUGGGCCUCAAUUUUCAAGCCAGCCGGGCCAGGCACGAACACAUCAGUACACGCAAUCCCAACCCGUCAAUGGUUCCUCUCAUCGACCCUAUCCUAGUCAAGCUUCCGCUUCCUUUACACCUGCCCCUCUCGCCCCUCCCAGCGUCUCCCGCCAACACACCAACGUCUCCCAAACCACUAUGGGUAGCUCCUCUUCCACCAGCGCAGUUAAAGUCAAAGCCUGGUUUGAUCGCGACACAUGUGUCGUCAUCCGCAUGCCGGCUCGAGGGCAAUUUGGGUUCGAAGAUCUGCGAAAGAAAAUCGUGGAAAGGAGGAAACUGGAAUUUGGCGAUCAGGCGGAUGUGGUGGAAGCGGAAGAUCUGGACAUCGAAUAUAGGGAUGAAAGGGAUGGAGAGUAUUAUCGACUCGAGGGCGAUGAGGAUUUGGAUAUUGCUGUUGAGCGGAAUGAGAAGUUGACGCUUGCUGUGAGGGCUGCGGCGGGGCCGCCUGGGGGAGGGGAUUAAGAAAGAAGAUGGGAAACAUCUUUCCCCUUCGCCAUGCCGUCGCUGCUGUGGUGUGCGGCGUUCGACUGUGCGGAAUGUGUUGCUGUUGGAUUUGGCAUUUAGGGGUUCGUUCCUUUUUUUGGUCUGGGGUUCUGGGGUUUUCUGCCUGCGUCUGGGGGCUUUUCUGAGAGCAAGAAAAACGAGUAUACCCUUUUCCUUGUCGGUCUUGUUGUUUGGUUACUUGCUCUUGUCUUUGGUCUGGUGUUGAGUCGAUAUUUAUCUUUUUCUGGAUCUAUCAUCGGCAUUUUCCUGUCCUGUUUCUCUACGGAGGUCUGUGAUGCCCUGCCACGAGAGCUGGCCGGGUGGAUGCUUUGAGUCGGUUGAGAGUCGUGGCGAUUUGUGGACAUGAUGGGGAAUGAAGAGAGGGAGCGUAUCACUGGAUCUGUCACAGUGUGUUAAUCGGGGAGAAGGGAUGACGGAGGAAGAGAGAGAGUGUGUGUGUGUGUGUGAGCAAGUGAGGAGACAAGUAUGAAGGUCAUGUUGGGGUGAUUGGGAAGUAGUCGCUGAGUUGAGCAUGCAUGCUUUUGUUGGACGUGACAGAAUCGCGAAUCUGUUCGAGACACAUGAAACUUGUUAUAGCACAUCAUAGCUAUGAGUUUGUUUGCUGGAAGGAGGAAUUUGAUACGCACCCCGAUGAGUGAGUAAUGUGUUGAAGAGAAAGACCAAUGUAUCAUUGCUUUUUGAGGUUGUGAUUUACCUAGGC